AUGCCACCGAAGGCCCAACCUGCCCUAGGCAACACGAACCUCGCAAGGGGAUUGGGUCUUUUUGCGCCGUCGACUCAACGGAAACCAGACCUGAAGCUUGUAGAUCUUCUUGCCUCUCCACCGCAAGGCACUAGCCUUCCCCAGGUCUUGUCCGCUCCUGGCAAACCCAUCGCCCCAGCGGCUCCCAAACCCAUCGCCCCAGCGACUCCCAGGGCCAGCAGGCCAGCGACCAAAGAGUUACCAAGUCCUCAUGGCACCUCCUCCGCCACCGCAACUACCAGCGCCUCUUCCGAAUUCUCCAUUUCCCCCACAUCGAUCUCGCCGCGUUUCCAGGUAGCUCCCGAGAAUCAUAUAGUUGAGGCAGCUCCUGGCAAAUCUACAGUUCCGGAGACUCCCAGGGACAGCGAAUCAGAGGACAAAGAGACUCCAAGUACCAGUACCAUCUCGCUCUUCUCUUCCACGUCCUCCGCGACCACCGCCGCCAGCUCCACUUCGACUCCCUCUACCCUUCCCCGCCCUUCGCCCUCUCCACUUUCCCGGGACACACCCGAGGACCGUAUAGUUGACCAGGCCGCUCCUGGCACACCAUCAUGGGUUUACCCGUCAAUGCAGUUUUGGGGUCCCCAGUUUAGCGAAUACCGAGACAGCAAUACUGAUAUCUCGGACGACGACGACGAUGCCGAAUUCUCGUCCCUUCUCUCCGGUUCGCUGGGUCGCGCCCAGUGUCCUAUAGUUGACCCGGUCGCUCCGGGCACGCUUCCAUCUCCCGACGACGAAGGAUGGAUGAACUUCAUCGCAAACUUCGAGGCAAAGCUUUCUAUCGGCACUCCCAAUCAAUCUCCAAACCUUCUCCCAACGAUGAUGGAAUGCGAUUGGAUUACGAAAGAGUUCGAGUCAGAUUUGGACUACCACGCAGUAUUGGUGGACUGGGAAGAGGAGCAGUUGGCUCGAGGGGAGGAAGGGAUGCUGUGGGAAUUAGAUGGCGAGUAUGCCCUCGGGGAGAACCUACUCACUGACGUGAGGCAAGAUCGUAGGAGGGAAGCCAUGCCAACCAUUCACCCUGAAGCAGUUCGCCGUUUGUGGCCCGGUGCUUCCAAGGCUUGA